AUGCUAUCGCCACGUGCAAGCUCCCAGAGCUUUGCUGCAAGGGUCAUAACCUCCGUCAAAGACGAAGGCAACUACGAAGAAAUGUCGGACGAACAGCUACGAAUGACUUUGGAAGAAGCGAUGCGUACAAGUAGAACAUUGACCCUAGAGAACGAAGUAUUCGAGCAUUACCUACGUCGCCGAUAUCCGCUGUACUUACAAAAAUUGCCGCAGAUAACCGAAUCAGCACGGCAAGCACAAAGAAUCGCCGGCUUGCGCGUGUCACUGCUACGAAGUAGCCGAGUCAGUUCCACGGCCAGCUUCGCCAGCAGCAUGGUUCCGGAAGUCAUCGUUCGUCUUUCGGCGUGUCGGUAUCAUUACCCAAGCAGAGCACCAAGGGGCCCAAGUAAGCGCGGACAAAGCCCAAGAAGCACCGUUGAGUCUAAACGAGUUGCCUUCUACACAAUUAUAAGAGCGUUGCAAUUAUGCUCGAGCUCAAAAAUAUUUAGGAUUACAGUGAGGCAUCGUAUCGAAUUGAUUGACAAAGAGGUCGAAGACAUGAAAAAACAGUUCAAGAAAUUCGAAAGAGAUUUGACGAGAAAGAAGGAAGACAUAAAAACGCAACUGGAGGUAAUGAAGUGUCGGAUGACGGAAAGCAAGGAGGCCGUUGCACAAUUUGAGACUGAGGUACUAGGUCAUGUCGAUCCAGUAACGAACAAAGUUCCUGCAGAAAAACUUGUAAGGUUCAUGGAAGAGCAGUUAAAAAUAGCCGGGGCUAUAAUUGACAAGUGUAACUUGGGAAUAGUCACCAGUAAUCGCUUAAUUAGGGAAACUAGAAAACAUAUUGCACGGAGAGUAGACGUUGGUAACACACUGCGUCCUGUAGAUUUCGAACAAUUGUCUAUUGAAAAUGACUAUCUCAUUGAGGAGAACGAGAAAAAUAGUAUUAUUCUGAGGGCUUUAAAGCGAAUCAAUGGUCAUUUCAAUCUCAUGUCAAAGUAUCGCAAACAAAAUCUAAUCGAGCGAAAGUUACAAUUGCAGUCGAUCGAGAAAGAAUUGAUAGUGAAACAGCGUGAAAAUUUUGACCUGCAUCGCACCCAAAUAAGAACAGGCCUAGAACUGGAAAAAGCGCUGGCUCAGUUCAACAAUAUUAAGGAGCUUCAGGAAGAAUACGAAAUACCGGAUGUCCUCGACUUCCUCGAGACUCAAAGACAAUUGCAGGAAGCAAGAAAAAACAUCAAAAGAUUAAGCCGGCAGCGAAAACUUCAAGUAUUACAGUUGAAACGUUGCAGAAUGUUUAAUUCGCCAAAAUAGUAAAAUUGUCCUUCUACUUUUCCUUACAAGA